UAUUUAUUCCAUGUACCAAUCGCGGUUUUCGGAAGUGUGUAAAGUGCAAUCACCUUACUAAAUAUGUUUUGAUCAAAUAAUUAUACAUCAUCAUUGGUAAAUGGAAACAGAUUAGUGUAUUUUAUUCUUUAAUGCAGGUUAUUGUUGCUCCUGGAGCCUUCAUUACGUACCCUAGGCAGUGUAGCUGUUGUUACAGAACCUGAUGGCAAACCAGCAUUACAGAUUAAUGAUAACGUAUUAAACAGUGUUCUAUACGUGUGAUUACACUAGAAACAGCAAAUACGUGUUAGUCAUUGUGUAAAAUGCCCUAUCUUCACAAAGAACCGUUUAGAAGAGUGAAACCACCAAAAGAUUUGCGGGACGAAGAUGAAGUGUUUUAUUGCGAGAUGACUAACGAAGUGUUCCGGAAUUACGAUGAUUUCUGUGAACGCAUCAUACAGUGCAAUUCCCUAGUAUGGUCAUGCGGUCUAUCGGGAAAACCAGAUUUAACAUUUCAGGAAGCGUUGAACAGCGAAAGAGAAGCAAGAAAAGCUCUGAAGGAAUUUCCUGUUGAGCUCAAAGUACCAGUGUUGUAUUUAGCAUCAUUGACGCAGCGAUCAUCCCAGAAAGAAAUGAUGGAAGAUGUUUACUCAUAUAUAAAAGACAGAUACUUCGUCGGGGAAGUGGUGGAGGUGUUGUUUGGUGAAAAUAAGUGGGUUGACUGUCACAUUCUGCAAGUACGUGCUCCAACAGAAGAGGAGAUGCAGAAAGAGAAACCAAUAAACAACCCAGAUAGCAGGUGUUUUGAACCACCAGCUCAUUUGUAUCAAUAUGAAGUGGAAAGAGUAGAUACCUGUGAUGAGGAUGUUUGUGAAGUUCAUCAUGUUAUAGCAAAUCAUGUUAGGAGGAGGAAGGGAUUGUAUACUAGAGAAAAAAACAAACUUUUUCUUCGUCAGUAUACAGAACAGAACAGUGCCGGUGCAUGGGUAGUUUCGGCUGCUGCUGUACAGAAAUUUGGUUUAUUUAGAGUGAAAUUCCAUAGUAUUUUUGAUGGACCGCCACCAGCAUUCCAGAUAUCGAGGAGAGUAAAGAAAAACAUGUUAAGUCCAAUAAAAAAUCAUAUUAAAAAGCAAGACCCAUUUGUAAAGAAAGAAAAGAGACAAGAAAAUAUACAAAAGUAUUUGACAUCACAUUCAAAAGUGGAGAAGUCUCCGAAGAAACAGAUGCCCAUCCAGUCUGCAGAUGCAGAUCAGUUUUCACCUGUGAAAAAAUCCCCAAAGAAGUUGAUAGAACCAAUUCACAGGUCUCCAAAUCACCAGAUGGCUAAGAAGGUGAAGGAUAAAUAUAGGAGUGUUGGAAACAUGAGAAACAAUAAAUUGUUCGACAAACAUAGGAUGAAGAGGAAUCUUAAAUAUUCACAGUCGAGAUUAAACGAGGAAAGACGACCAAAGCUUAAGGAGAAGACUCUGGAAGAAAAACAAAGGCAACUAGAAGAAAGAAUGAAAAUAAAAGAAAAGAGGAAAGAAGAUAAAUUACACUUUGAGAAAUUCGUGAAGGAGUGGAAUCGUCGUCGAGAGGAUUUGGAGUUAGAAGAUCUGAAGGUUAUGCCAUCACCUAUAGAAGUAAACUGUUGUAUACCACACGAAAAUUUUGGAGACUUUCUUACUGUACUAGAGUUUUUCCAUUCAUUUGGACAAGUCAUAGCAACAAAAAAUUUCUUCCCUUAUGGUGUGACAUUUGAAUUGCUGGAAAGAGCACUAACAGAGCAAGAAGUAGCUGGUCCACUGAGUGAUAUUUUCCAGUUACUUCUGUCAACACUGUUUGAUAUGCAGGAAGAGGAAGAUGAUGAAAUUUUAGCUACAGAUACUCCAACCACAGCUGAAUUAGACAUUGAUGAACAUGGUGAUGUAACUGCUGGUGAGGCUGUGAAACUAGCUACGGUGGCAGCUGGCUGGAGUCAGCUUUAUCAAGGAGUGCCAUUGUCCAAACUUACUUUAGAUGCUGUUACCCUCACAGAAGUGUUACGUUUGCACUUACUGUCUUCGGGAGGGCGUUCUGCUGAGACUAGCACAAAGUGGAGGUAUCAGCAACGUGGAGGGUAUACCAGCUUUGAUGAUCCUGGACUUUGCUUGAGAAUCAAUCAUCCGCACAUACUUCGUGCUUUGAGUGUCACCAGUGUUUGUGAAUUGUCAAUAGGUGAUAAGCUCAUUAUCCUUACUUGCCUCAUAAAUCAGAUACUCACAUACACUCGUUUGCGGGAUGUUAUUGAUGAAAGAGGUGAAAAAAUGCGACAAGCCAAAGCUGAAUUGCGCAGUCAUCAGUUGGCCGAUAUGAAGAAGGAAAAGGAAGCACAAGCACUUAGAAUAAAAGAAAAGAAAGCAGCUCGCAUGAAACUCAAAGGCCUCCAACCUAUAGAUGAUGACAUUGUUGAUACUCGAACUCCUGAAGAAAAGGAACAACAAAAGAUAAAAGCUGAGAAGGAAGUGGCAAGGAGAAAAUUAGAGGCUGAGAAGAAAGCGAAAAAUCUGUACGCUGCUGCUAUUAUCUAUCAGGUGCUACCCCUCGGCACCGAUAGAGCUCAUCGUCGCUUCUGGGCAUUUGCAUCGUUGCCAGGUCUGUUUGUGGAGCAGGAUUCAAGUGCUGCUGGAUCCUGCCUGCCAUAUCCAACCCCAUACAAUGCUAAUCUAGCAUCUCAAACUGAUGACUCCAUUUCUUAUGUGCGCAAACUUUUUGAACAGGAGCGAAAUAGUGGUAGUGACAAGGAGAAUGUCCUGUCAGCACGCAUCUCAGCUCCAGGCAGCCCCAGUAAGAAGCUACUACUGGAGAAGAAUGGACCAUUAACAGCUCGACGUGAUUCAAAAAGCAGCGUUGAAGAUGACGGUGGAAGAUUAUCCUCACAGUUGUUAGUGUGUACUGCUAGUAGUACAUGUCCUGUACAUAAUCCAAGGCAGAAUGUUGUGUGGAGUUUCUACUGUCGUGAAGAAGAUAUAGGAGACCUUAUAAGAAGCCUUAAUCGUCGAGGCAUCCGGGAGAGUGAAUUGCGGCAGAAUCUAAUACACGAACAGCCAUAUAUUGUGGAGAAUUUUCCUCGCUGCCCUACACACAAGUUGAAUCCUUCAUAUGUGGAUGUAAAUGAAGCACUGGCCCAAAGGAAACCUGUCAGAAAUGUUACAAAAUAUGAUGACACAAAUCUUAGCUUUCCGCCUGGAACACCUAUAAUUGAAAUUUUUGAACUUUAUGUCAGAGACUGCAUUCUGGAACUAGAGGAAAAGAUUCAUCUUGGUGGUCUGGGAGCAUUGAAGGUACCACGUCAAGAGUGGAGAACAGCACUUCUUGAAAGAAAAUAUGACAACAUACCAAGAGCAGGAGAUAGAAAUAAAGUGUGGAAUGACAAAAGAAAUGAUCAGAUCAGUAAUACUCCAGUUGAGAAAAUCAUUAAAUAUGAAGUUCCAGACAGCCGAUCAACAACACCUGAUUCUGAACUGAGUUAUAAAGAUCCAGGACGAAUGCUCGGUAAUGACCCAUCUCUGAACCAGCAAGAGAGUGUCGCUGAGCACCCUGCUGUCAAGAGGUUGGCUACUGCAAUUUUGCAGCUCGCCCAUUGUGUGGAUAGGAGAUAUCUUCAGAAACCACUUGUUGAGGAAGCCAAUAGUGAAAACUCAUCUCUAAUAGAUCGAUGGGAAGUGUCCUUGAUGGCAUCGUCCAGUUUCUCACAGCUGUAUAUUCAUCUAUUGACCUUAGACAAUAGUAUUCAGUGGUCAAAAUCGCUUCUGAAUGCUGUGUGCCGUGUAUGCAGACGAAGACGAGAUGCAGAAAACAUGUUGCUUUGUGACGGAUGCAACAAAGGCUACCACUUGUAUUGUCUGAAACCAAAACUUGAAUGUGUCCCAAAAGGUGAUUGGUUUUGCCCAGCCUGCAAACCGCCAACAAAGGUUCACGUAAAGAAAUCACGACGCCUUUUCUCAGAUCUCUCAGAUGAGGACGAGCCAAGCAAAAAAGAAGAACCCUGUGAUUUGGUGCAUGAUGAAGUUUGCAAUGAGUGUGGGGAAGAUGGUGAGGAGUUAAUUCCAUGUAGCACAUGCCCUCAUGUGUAUCAUUUAGACUGUUGCAGUCCACCUUUGAAGUACCCACCAAGAGGCAAGUGGAACUGUUCAUUGUGCAAAAGUGGAAAGGAACUGAGAGUUCUUAGAGAUGGAGCUAUGCCAGUACAGCCUCAAGUGCCAAUAAGGCAACGGCGCUGCUGUGCCACUGCAGCUGUGGCUAAGAUCUCAAGGUUUGCCCGACGAUUACGGAGCGAUUCCUGGGAUGAUGAAGACAGCACGCACAGUGAAGACACAUUACCCUCGCGUCGGAGUGGCAGACAUUCCCUUAAAGCUAAUCCAGACCUGCCACUCAAUUAUCCUGUAUUGGACAAGUUAAUAAAGAACAUGAUAAAUCAUAAAGAAGCAUGGCCAUUCAGAUUGCCAGUGAGCAAAACAGAGGUUCCUGAUUAUCAUACCAUAAUUAAGAAACCUAUGGAUUUAGGCUUGAUAAAGCAGAAUCUUGAAAAUAUGGUGUAUAAAAAUGAUAGAGAGUUCAUAAAAGAUGUUCUUUUAGUUUUUGAAAACUGUGAAAUGUACAAUCAGGUAGAUGCUCCAGAGUACAAGGCAGGACUUCGGUUGAACCAGUAUUUUGAAAAACAGUGUGAAGAAUUUGGUCUUCAGGUGAAAGAGGAUGAAAUCCAGCCUAGGACCAAAAGACCUAGAUUAAGUUUUUAGGAAUAUUUAUUUAUUAACAGAAGUUGAUCUUAUAUGUACAUUGUACCUUUUUUUAAAAAAACAAACUAUAGUAGAAGACUCUUAAGAGCUAUGCACAGAACCUUUUGUAAAACAUAUACAAGGUGUAAAAAAUUAUUCAAUAAAAUGCUCUAAAUCAUG